AUAUUCAGGUGACACGCGGCCCUGCCCGGCUCUAUGCUAAAGGCCACGUUUGAGGACAGCAUGAAGGACGAAGCGAUCGCGAGGAAUCACAGCACAACAAAGGAGGCCAUAGCAGUCGGCACAUCGGCCGGAGCGUACCGCAUAAUCCUGACCCACUUCACCAAUCCCGGAACAAAUCCAUGUUUAGCAAUCCCACUCAAGGAUGUAUGCAGUACAUUCCUGAAUAUCUAUGGUCAAGAUCUUGAUAAUGAUCAGAGAUACAUUCGUACCUUGCAUCCGAGGGAGCAGAAGCAGCAGAAGGUGUCGAGGAGUCUGCGUUUGCAGACCUCGCAGGUGUUUGUGACGCCCUUGCCGGGCCUUGGCUGCUGCCGCUCGUUCAGGAACACCACGUAUGUACGUCUGGAUAGCGUGGUGGUCGGCGAGGCAGAGCAGCCAGCGAGGGAGCUGCUUGAUGCGGGGGACGGCCGGUGGAGGAGCUUGCCGAGGACGGUUUCGACCAUUUCGUAG